UUUAUUUUCUUAUUUUUGAUAAUAAGUACACACUGCUCAACAGCUGUUUUGUCAAAUAAUUCUUCGUUUGGAAAUAAUUACGUAAAUUCGGCAGGCAACUAUGUCGAUCUUACGUUCCAAGUACUACGACCAUCCUGAUGGCGAAGAUGCCUUUGGAAAGAUUGUGGCCACAAACAAAUACGCCAUUGUCACAGGCUUGGCGUGGUCCACAUUUGACGUGUUAACUCUUACCAAGCCACAGGGCUACAUACCCACACUGGGACGCUUCGCCUACAACACGGGUCCACUGAUGGGCAUGGCUACAGCAUUUACGCUAACUACGCUUGCUGCUACAAACAUACGAGGAAAGGAUGAUAAAAUAAAUUAUCUGAUUGGAGGCUUUGCUGCCGGCAGUAUCUUUGGAGCUUGGAAGCACAGUCAUGUAUCUGGCCUGGUUGCUGGUCUGUUCCUUGGCAUCGCUGGUGUCAUCAAGAAGAUGUCGAUUGAACAGGGCUGGGAAUUCUUCCCUGAUUCACCCACGCAUCAAUACGGUGGCGUAAAUAUUGCCAUCAAUGAUUACACCCUUACGGCCGAGCGUGCCAAAAACUGGACCGCGGAGAAGGAGAAGAAAUAGAGCGAAUUAAAAAAACUUUAAAUGGUUAAAAACUCUUACGUGUUUUUAGUAAUUAAUGUACAGAUGAGAAACGGGCAACUGUGUAGUUUACAAAACAAGUGACUGCAAAUGAAUAAAUGCCAAGUGAGAAGUGAUAUCUAAAA